GUGACUUCUAAUCAUAUUCUUUAAGAAAAUUCUAUUAACGGAAAAUCCACCAUGUCUCACAGGCAGCGGAGAGGAGAAGAAAAGGAAGAUGUUGACAUGAUUCGGUUCAGAAAAACCUUCGAAGAACUGUCCGGACAGGACAUGGAGGUUGAUGCUUGGGAACUUCGGGACAUUCUAAAUUCAUCCCUUCGUCAAGAUUUACGCCGUGAUCGUUUUAGUGAGGACUCUUGCAAAAGUAUGGUGGCUCUCAGCGAUGAGGAUCGUACUGGCAAGCUUAGCUUCGAUGAGUUCAGAGAGCUGUGGGACCACAUUUGUGAAUGGAAGGAAUUAUUCAAGAAGGCAGACACUGAUAACUCUGGAAUGAUCAGUACCAACGAGAUGAGGGCGUCUUUAACCUCACUUGGCUUUAAGCUGAAGAAUGACACAUUUCGAGCCCUUGGUCUGCUGUAUGGAAAUAAGGAGGGUAACUUGUCAUUUGCCAGCUUCAUACAUGUCGCUAUCAGAGUCAAGUUUAUGUACACUACCUUCGAAUCAAAGAGCCGCGGUGACAAGGCCAGAUUCAAUUUGGAAGAGCUACUGAUGGUAUACUUCUACUCCUAAUUAUCUCGGUGGCAUCGAGGUUCGUGAGAAGCAGUCGGUCAAGUUUAAACAAUUCAAUGUUUUUAACAUAAAAUCGUCUUUCAUUAUACAGUUUUAUUAUGCAUUUUUAGGCCUACAGGUUUGAAAAAUAUAUAAUGAAUAUAAGAAAUAUUAAUUAGUAUAGCUGAUCAUAAUUUAAUUAGGUUAAAAUUCUAUUAAGAUGCCAUGCUGAACUUACACGUAAGUUAACAUUUAAUAUUAUGUUGAAUUCCUGAUAUAAAUUUAAAUCAUUUCUAUGCGUCUUGAGCAUCUCUAGAGAUGGAUAUGUUGCGCUUUACAAAUAUUUGUAUUAUUAUUGUUAUUGUUAUUAUUAGGUCUGUUAAAUAGAGGUUUUGCCGACAUGCCAACAUGUUUAAGUAGUUUGUAUAAUUAUAUGCAUUUUGGGGCAAUUUUACAGGAUACUUUUGGAGACUCGGUCACUCUCAAUGUGGCCCCUGCUUUAGAUAAUCAUGCACCCCUGGUUUGUGGGUAGUAGAUCCACAUACAAAUUAAUCAGUGGGUAUAUUUCGAUUCAUUUUGUUGUAAAAUAGUGAUGAUAAUAAUAAUAGUUUAUACUAAUAUUUAUAAUAAUCAAAUUCAUGUUAGGUGAAAUAAAAUUCACGACUGUGCGUACAAUUAUUUCCUACUUCGUGCAUUUAAAUUAACGCGGCGCUCACGAUGAGCAUAUUUGGGGCAUUCAAUUUCAUUUUAUGGUGAUCAA